AAGAAGAAGGCAGGGAAGGCAGCAAUCAGCUUGGGGCUGUAUGACCUUUGCAUGUGCUGAGUGGACCCAACCACCAAAAAUCUAGGAGGAGUAAAACUGUCUGACGAAGUCGACAAGAAGAGCUGAGAAGAUCGACCAUAAAAGAAGCUCCUGCUGUUUCCCCUGCGAUGCUGCGAGCCUGAAAGCAUCUCCAACCGCAUGGUGAUGGCUGCAACUCGGUGUCUCAGUCUCUUCAUAUUUCUUCUUCCUCUUUUCCUCGUUGCUGAGGCCCAGAGCCCCUACUACAACUGUCCCAACACCGGCCCAACCUACGCCGCUGGGAGUGCCUAUCAGAAAGAUCUCAACACCCUCUUGGCCUCUCUCAGAGCCAAUGCUUCCGUGAGUCCUAGCUUGUUCUACAACACCACAGUUGGCAGGAGCCCCGACCAAGUCUAUGGCUUGGUGCAGUGCCACACAGACAUCUCUCCCGAUGACUGCAGUUUUUGCGCCGUGUCUUCUGCCUCUCAAAUCCUCCAAGUGUGUCCCAGUGCCAAAAUUGCUGUGAUAUGGUUCGACAAUUGCCUUUUACGCUACUCGAGUGUCGAUUUCUUUGGCGUGGUAGAUAGCUCCCAGCUGGCUCUGGUUAACACCGAUGGCAUCUCUAACCCCUCACAGUUCAAACCAGUUGCUAUAUCCUUCUUCAAUAAUCUCAGCGCGUCGGCUACCACCGACAAGUCUUCCCUCUCGUACGCCACCGGUGCUGUUCCCUACACAGAUAACACGACGCUCUACAGCUUGGUGGAAUGCACAAGAGACUUGUCCCCGAAAUUCUGCGAUUCUUGUUUGAGCAAUUCCAUUAGAUCCAUGUCACAGUGUUGCAUAGACAAACAGGGAGCUAGAAUUCUGUCCGGCAGUUGUGUUAUUAGGUAUGAGAUCUAUCCUUUCUUCGGAAACCUAUCAACAUUAACGCCGUCUAUGUUCGAUAAUGUGAGCCUGGUAGGCCACAAUUGCCCUGCGGACACGAAUCAGAGGUCAAACGGCUCCUUCCGGCAGAAUCUGAACAUGCUGCUCGACUCCCUGAGCACCGCCAACACGACCCCCACGAGUCUUCGUUCGGAAGUCAAUAAAGUCUACGGCCAGUUUCAAUGCCGAGGCGACGUCCCAGAGGACGUUUGCAGGCGAUGCGCCAAGAGUGCGUCCACACGAAUCCCGGAUCUCUGCCCCGACAGUGUAUCAGCAAUCGUAUGGUUUAAUUACUGCCAGUUACGCUACUCUAACACCAGUUUCUUCGGCAAACUAGACAUUAUGGACAAGUAUUAUUCGGCACCGAAAGGCCGACCCCCAGAGUUCUCUUUUACCUUGGGCACUCUGAUCAACAACCUCACGACUCUUGCGACGACUAAGGAUUCGCCCAACAUGUUCGAGACAGGAUCUAGGGCGUUCAACGGAAGUCAGACGUUAUACGCCUUGGUGCAAUGCACGGACGACAUCUCGAGGUCCGACUGCUACAAGUGCCUGGACACGUUGCCGGGAGAAAUACAGUCCGUCAGUAGAAGCUCGGAGAGAGCAAUCCUUCUUACAGGGAGCUGCAGAGCGGAGUAUGGUCUCACAAAAUUCUUUUUCGAUCAACAAGUCAACGUCACGGUCCCCACUGGCACCGGCACCGGCACCGAUGAGCCGAAUUCCACAAGGCCACCACCAACCAGCUCUGGCGGGCAAGGUAGAAAAAGUUCCAAGAGAAUUGUGAUCAUUGCAAGCUCCAUUGCAAGUGUAUUCAUGGUUGUCUGUGCCCUGUGCCUCGUUCAACAAAGAAGAAGACACAUGGAAAAGCAGAGAUAUAGACACGAGGUAACUAUGCUUGAUAUCGGCAGCGACGACCAGCUUGAGAAAACCCACGACUUACCAACGGUACGAUUUAGGACUGUACGAAUAGCCACGGAUAAUUUUUCAGAGUCAAAUAAGCUGGGCCAAGGUGGAUUUGGCCCUGUUUACAAGGGUAUUCUCCCCAAUGGGCAGGAAGUAGCAGUGAAGAGGCUUUCCCGACAUUCCUUGCAAGGUUUAAGCGAGUACAAGAAUGAGGUGAACUUGAUAGGAAAUCUUCAACACAAGAACUUAGUAAGGCUUUUGGGGUGCUGCCUGGAGGAGGAUGAAAUGAUGCUCAUUUAUGAGUAUCUGCCCAACAAAAGCGUCGACGCCUUCCUGAAUGAUGCAGAAAAGCGUGCUCUGUUAGAUUGGGAGAAGAGACUGAAUAUUAUAAUGGGAACUGCAAGGGGCAUGGCUUAUCUUCAUCAUGAUUCCCGACUCAGCAUCAUCCACCGGGACCUUAAGGCCGCCAACGUUCUUUUGGAUGAGCAGAUGAACUCCAAAAUUUCAGAUUUUGGGAUGGCAAGGAUUUUCAGUGGCAAUCAGACCCAAGUGAACACCAAAAUAAUUGUUGGAACAUAUGGAUACAUGUCUCCGGAGUAUGCGAUGGAUGGUUUGUUCUCCAUUAAAUCAGAUGUAUACAGCUUCGGCAUCUUACUCCUCGAAAUCAUCAGCGGCCAACUCAACAGAAAGUUUCACCAUCCCCACAAGGAAGCGCGUAGUCUGGUUGGAUACGCAUGGAGUUUAUGGCGUGAAGGAAAGGGACUGGAAUUCGUGGAUCCUUUGUUGAGAGUAACAAGCCCAACUCGGGAAAUAUUAAGAUGCAUACAUAUAGGCUUGCUCUGUGUUCAAGAUGAUGCUGAAAGCAGACCAACCAUGGCUUCCGUUCUUCUCAUGCUUGGGAGCGACUCUUUGGCGCUUCCGGUGCCGACAGAACCUCUAUUUUCUAGCAAAAGAUGUGUGAAGGUUUCAAGCGGACCACAAUCUUCAGUAAAUGGAGUUACAAACACUGAGGUUUCUCCAAGGUAGAAUCGACAUUCGUCAUCAGCAAAGACUGUCUGCCAUUAAUCAGUUAUAUGAUAGAUCAGGAACCUUGUCCGUUUUUGUGCAUAAGCUUGUGCAGAAAAAUUCAUUUGUAAUAAAGAACGUAAAACCUUUCUGUCCACUGAAAAACAAUUGGGAGUGAUUAAGUAUUUGUUUGA